CUUGUAAGGUUUGGUGUAAUCGACUGGUAAAGAGAUCAGUCCACGAAAAUGGCGACAAUGGCAGAGGAUCCAAAUUCUGUAGAUAUAAACGAUGACAAAGAAUCCCAGAUUGAUCAAAUCACAUACAAUUGGACGGAUAUCACCAAAGAAUUUUUCGACGCCAUCACAGGUCUAGAGCUGGGAGAGCUAUUACAUGAUGAGCUGUUUGGUCUCUUUGAAGCAAUGUCAGCAAUCGAAAUGAUGGAUCCAAAAAUGGAUGCAGGGAUGCUUUGUAAUCGUGGAAACAACAAGCCAUAUACAUUUGCACAAGCUGUCGAAUCUGGCACCAUUAAAUUAGACAAUUUAACUUCAGCUGAAGUAAUAGGAAUCAUAGACUCAACUUAUUCAUGCAUAGUUUCUUGGCUGGAAGGACACAGUUUGGCCCAAACUGUAUUCACAAAUUUAUAUCUGCAUCAACCUGGACAGAUCGGUGAUAAACCGUUGAAAACAUUCUGCUAUGCUGUAUAUAAGAUAAUUGAGGUUAUUAAAGAUUGUGUCAAUAAGGCCUUAGUAUUUGAGGAAGAAGACUUUCAGAGUGUUACAUACGGAUAUAGACUGCAAGAAGAUAUUACUGAGCAAAGAACCAUAUCUAUGUUACGGGAGGUAGAAGAAGAAUUACAUAGAAAAAGUAGAAUAAAGCCUGUGGACGAUGAAACGGAAAGAGAAUAUAAUGAUGGGCUGGCUCUCUAUGCAAGAAUAAGAUUUACAAAAAUGUUCUAUCAAACGUUAUCCCUAAUGGGAAGAAAGGAACAGCUUCAUCAAAACUUAACUGAUUGCCAAAGGUUGUUAUCGAAUUGUACUGAUAUGAUACAAGUGAUGAUCAAAACAGUUAACCGUGGUGCAAAUGCUGAUGAAACAUCAAAUUAUCCAAAUAUCAUGGGCUUCGAUCCCAUGGUAAACCAAAGAUUGUUGCCUCCGACAUUUCCAAGAUAUACUAAGAUAAAACCAAGGAUCGAGGCCUUAGAAUAUAUAGACGAAUUAUUGAAUCGUUUUAAGAUGGUUACUAAAAUAACAGGAUACACUGGCUUCCAUGGGGCUCUAGAUUUCUUUUUAGAAUUCUCUCGCCAGAGUCCUUGCAUACUCUCAAGAUCAAUGCUACAAAUUGUUUAUCUGCCGACGACCAAUCGAGUCUUUGGUACACAAAACUUUAUGGACGUUCUCAGAGAUGCUGCGCGCAACUUCAUAGCUCCACCAGCAUUAAUGCCUAAAAGUACGCUGCUCCAAAAUCAUUUGGCUAAAGAAUAUGUCGAUAGUUUCCUCAUUCAUUGCGUUAGCUUAUUCGCGAGUCUAUUGCAACUUAGUGGACAUAAUAGAGCAAGGCAAAGGGAUAAGUUAGCCCACCUGCUAGAAGACUUCGCCACGUUGCAAGAUGAGGCUGAACGUGUGGAUGGAUAUUUACAUACGCUAUCACUAAAAAGUGACACCCCUCGGCCUCAUCUUGCUUGCUUUGGAACAUGGAUUCUUUACCAUACGUUAAGAGUAAUGGUGAUGUAUUUAUUAAGUGGCUUUGAAUUGGAAUUGUAUUCUGUGCAUGAAUAUCACUAUAUAUUUUGGUAUUUGUACGAGUUUUUGUAUGGCUGGUUAGUCUCCGCCAUUACAAGGGCCGACUCAUUCUUAAUGGAACAAGAUGUUCAUACCGAUUUGCAUAAAGGACGCGGCGGAAGGAAAAAUUCUAAGAGUAAAAAGAAAAAGUCGGCGCCGAGACCGUAUAAUUUGGAAAUAUUGAUGUACCAAGCUAUGCAAAAUAUUUGCGGCGGAUAUUACAAGGCAUUGGUCGGAUUCCGUAUAGAUGAUAAAAUACCACUUCCGGAAUCACAAUUUGAUUCUGAACGUGUAAGAUACGAGCACAGAUUAUUACCAUUUUCUGCGCUUCUUACACCUCCGCCGGUUCAUUAUCAAGAAUUUUUGGAAAUGACAAACGCGCAAAUGCAUAAGAGAAACGAGAAGGUUACGAGUGAAAUGCAAUAUCUUGCGGGAUGCCGUCAUUUCCAUCAAGCUAGGAAUAUGUUGGAACGUGCAUUAUCAUUGCAUCCUGCAAAUACAAAUAUUGUAAAUGAGAUAAAUGACUUGCUGAAGGUUUCCAAGACAAACUUUAUUGUCCUGAAGCUGUUAGCCGGUGGGCACAAGAAAGACUCCAAGGAACCACCAGUGUUCGACUUCUCAAGCCAUCAACAUUUCCCUUUGAUAAAACUUAUUUAAAUUGUCAUAACGUGUUUAACAGUUUCUGGUUUCCAAAUUAAAUGAAAUGUUAUUUAUUUUACUUUCAACUGCAAAUCUUUCUUAAUUUUAAAAAACUUCUCGUUUAUGUAAAUAAUAAUGAUUUCCAAUGAACAAGUUGUACUGCAUGAUUUUUUGUCUAGAACGUAUUAAUGUAAAAUGAUAGAUGCAAACGUAACACGUGUAACGGAUGUUAAUAACAUACAUGUGUACAAAGA